AUGGCUGACAUUACAGUCAGGCUCCGUCACCUGCGGCGUUCCAUUGAACGCUUGAUGGCCAUCGCAGGCACUCCAGGUGUGGCUAUCGGUAAACUCGCUGUCACUGAAGAUACAAUCUUCCCGAUUUGUUCUUUGACCAAAGCCAUCACCGCCGCAGGACUUGGUCUCUUUGUUGAGGAGGAUCGAGUAUCAUGGGAUAGCCUCAUCAAGGGCAUCCUGCCGGAUUUCUGCUCCGUGAAUCCUAUGCUUCAUAUCAAAACUACCAUAACGGACAUUUUUUGCCAUCGUACUGGGAUGGGCUGGGGUGACAAUGUAAUUCUUGGAACUGCGGGUAACAUUCUUCUCAGGUCUGAAGACGUUAUGAGAUACAUCAACAACAGACCUCUCAUACGUCCAUUCCAUGCUCAGUUUGGAUACAACAACCUCCAAUACGAAUUAGCUGGCUCUAUCAUUGAACGAGUCAGUAGACAGUCCUACUCUGACCUCAUGCAAAGCCGCCUUCUGAACCCUCUUGGAAUGGAACGGACCGCUUUCCAGACGCCGUCAAAAAGUGUCGAUGGUGUAUCCAUAUGCUACAACGCUCUCGACGAUGCAUCCGGGGUCCCUAUCGACUUUCUUAAGAUGGGCGAUGAUGGGUACAGCGCCGCUAGCGGUGGGGCACGUUCGUCAGUCAAAGAUCUGCUCAAACUAUACAGCAGCUUUAUCAAAUGCUUCAAUUAUCAGGCCAGUGGAAACUCUAGCCCUGAAAUUGGCUCGCCCCUCAAACAGCUAAGCCAUAUAGUGUCUGCAAAGAUUCCAUUUGACCAGCCAUCGCAGCACGAGGCCUCAGGUACCUCCGGUCUCGUUCUGUUCCAUCAGGGAAGCCUUCCUGGAUCACUCACCUUUGUGGGCCUUUUGCCCGAGACGGAGACUGUGAUCGUUGUCCUUACCAACUAA